AUGUUUAAAUUUCAAAUUGUUUUACUAAUAGCUGUAGCAGCUCCCGGUAUUUUUGCCUUAAGCUGUUUGGAUCUGGAAUCCCAGGCUGCAUUGACGGGAGAUGCUGAGGCGAAAAUUAACUGGGGACCUGUUUGGGAUGAUAAUGAUGGCCAUCAUGAAUUUGUUACCAGGAAUUUGGAGGAAGAAAAUACUCAAAACUGUGAUGCUCCCAAUGGUCUGGGUCUAAAGAAUCUCUUCCUACAGGUGGAGAAACUAUUGCCCAAACAACAGAUAAAAGAUAUUGUUAAGUCCUAUAAUGAAGACGCUGAAGUAAAAGCUUUAAAAGCUUUCGUGCAAAGUCCCCAAACCCUGGACAAGCUAAAAGCCAUACAUAACUCUCAAGAAUAUCAAAUUCUCAAGGAUUACAGCUGCCGCAUUUUACACAUCGAUUUGCUUCAAUACAAUAAAUUGGCUAGAAGCCUUAUUAAUCCUUCGUUACAACGUGAUGCUGAUCAGCCACGUAAAGGAAUACGUGGUCUUAUUAAUGAAGUCGAUGCCGUGCUGCCACGCCAACAGUUGCGUGAAUUAUAUAAAAAUCUAUUGGCUUCAGAUGAUCAGUUAGUUAAAGCCGUGGCCAAUUUGAAAUCAGAAAAAUUCCAUCAAUUAUUGUUGAAUGUUAAGAAUAAUGUUCCUGAGUAUAAGGAGAUAACCAAACAGUUAAGUGCUUUGGGUCUGCCAAUUGAGGAAAUGCGUGAACGUUUGGCCAAUGCCUUGGGUUGGGCUCCUGAACUGGGUUUGUUUGUUUGAAGAGAUGUUUUGGAAAUUGGAAUAUGAAUAACUGUUUGAAGAUUUUAGUAUAAGGAAUUAUU